UGGAAAUCGUAUUCUCCCCUUCCUCGGGGUCUGAUAGGUUUUUUUUUUUCUCCCUGUCUUUCUUUCUUCCUUUGUUGAAGGCUGUAGUAGUCUACUGGUUUAAUGACUUUUCCAAACUAUUUUUGCAAAGACUAGAUUACUUGACAUGUGUGUUUAUUGAAGUCUCUGUUCCUUUAGCCUGUGUUCAACUAUUGUUCUGACAUAGACUUCCUCAAAUUCCAGGAGUUAAAAGAAAAAGAAAAACAAGGAAACAAUAGGAAAACAAAAACACCACUUGUAGUCUUUGCAGAGUGGCUUUGUGCUGGGGCACACCUUUCAAAACCUAGCCGGGUUUAUAUUGGGCCUAGAGAUCAGCCCAAAUGAAAGUUUAGAAUUUUCUCAGGUGUUUUUCUGGGCACACAUCUUGACCUGGGAAUGUGUGUGGUUUUCUAAAUUCCUGGGUAUACAGGGAUGUUUCUGAAUGGCGCAACUUCCCAAAGAAACUUUCUUCCUGGCUCCUCGACCUUAGCCCUAAGCUUUUUAUUUUGUGUCUCAGUCACUCUCUCUUGCUCCAGGCAGCUACAAGCUAUUCAAAAUGCCCAUUGCUCCUCUGUUCUGCACUACCUCCAAGAUGGAUGAAACAGAGAUGCACGCUUUUCUUCAGUCCUUUAAGUAACCGCUCAACAGGUUUGAACAAAUACAGUAAUUUGUGCAUAAGGUGUGGCUUGCUCCUUUCAGAACCUAAGAUCAGGGUCUCAAGAUGGAAACACAGGCUUUCACUUGAACCUGGCUGCGAAGUCAGGGUUGGGAGGGGAGCAGUCCAGUAACAAAAAGUCACAAAUUUUCCUACCAUUCCCUUGAUGCUGCCUCUUUCUUGAUUCUACUGCCUCUUUCUUGAUUCUACAUUUGCUUGGUUGCUGUGAAUCCCUGACUGUUUAUCAGAGUUCUGACAAGGUUAGUACGAUAGUUUCUACUUGUUUUUUUCUGUUUCUUUGGGGGAGGGGAGCAUGGAGCUUCUUACUCUGCCCUUUUGGUGAAGUCACUCCCUCAAGAGAACUUUUUUCCUUGCUUAAUAGUUCACUGCUGAUAUUUGGAAAGUGGUCUUUCACAAAGUCAUUCAGGGAUCCAGGCUCUUUCGUUCUGUGACUCUGUCGUUCUCCUAGGGCCAAAGAGUCCUCUACGUUUGGGAUAAGAGAGAGAUAAGAUAAUCACACAGGAAACUUCUAUGGAUUAGGCCUAGAAAUGGUACAUGUCACUUUGCCCACAAUCCAUUGGCCAGAAUUCAGUCACAUGGCUGCCUCACUGCAAAGGAGGCUGGGAAAUGUAGCUUAGCUGCAUGCUCAGGAAGAAAAGAGAAAACAGUUUGCACCACACUGAGGGUGCACCAAAAUCGUCAGGUAGCUUGAAGCAGCAGCCCACAUUCCCAAUUUAGGACUGUGAUCCUGGGUCCUGAAAGGAGCAGACCAAACAUAUGCUGGAUGUAGGAACAAAGGCCAACAAGAGGCAGAAAAGAGCCUUUAAUAGAAAAACCAGGAGAAAAUGACAUCUAGGAAAAAACGGUUUGGAGAAGGGUUGUAAGAAACAGGCCCAGGACUAGAUUGAGGCCUCUUUUAAUUGUUCGGUACUGUGCCUUGCUUACCUCACCCAGUUCUGGCAGGGUGAAAUGACAUAUGCAGAGAAAGAAAUGGGAGAAUACUGAGAAGAUACCAUUGGGUUUGGCAAUCAAGAGCCCCUAAGAUUUUAGCAAGAACAGUUUCAGAUGAAGAAGCUGGAGUCCUGACAGUUCUGGGACAGAAAUCACCUGAAGUCCCAAUACAGACUCUCGGCAGUUUUCCAGUUUGGAAACCAGGCUCUGAUCUGCCUGUGCCCUUAAAGUACCUUGGGAAGAGGAAAGGAAGUUGAGUUUCUGCUCUGUGUCACUUGCAGGGUUUUCUCACUUGAUUCUCGCACAACCCAUGAGGUAGGUAUUAUUCCAUUUUACAGCCGAGGAAACUAAAGCUCAGAAAAAGAGAUUUUUUUUUUUAAAACGAUGGUCUAACGCCCAAGAUUUUCCCAGUACACAACCUAGAAGGCUUUCUAGUCCUCACAAAAGAGCACUUUCUCCCAUUCGCAGCAUCGUUCUGCGGCAAGGCUGUUCUGCGGCAAGGCUGAGGAAGGCUGAGCUGCCUGUGGGGCGAGAACAGGGCCUCAGGCUCCCUUCACUGGCUGGUGCCGGAGAGGAGGGGACUGCCAAGUCUGCAGCUGAGAGCCCCGCCCCUGUCUCUGGGGAGAUGUGUACAGACCGAGGGGCCCUGUUAAGCGGAGGCCUAGAGAACCUGUGAAGGGCAGAGGGGGGCCUAGCUAGACCCGCCCCCCUCCCCUCCCUCUGGCAGCCCCACCCCCAGCCUCAGGCCCCUGAGCACUACGCCUGAGCAGAGGACACAGCCAGCAGGCACACCAGCCCAGACAGCUCCAAGCCCUCAUGGAUGCCAAAGCAACCUUGUCCCACCCACGGGGCCCCACCCUCCAACUCAGACCCUCCCCUGGGAUCCCCAGAUCUUCACUCAGACCUGGCCCUCCUGCUGCCCCCUACCACCCUGGCAGCCCUGGCAGGCGCCUGGCUCCAAGAGGACUGCCCAGGUCUCAACUACACAGCCUUGGUCACUGGGGCAGCCCCCUCACAGGCAGCGUUAUGGGCCAAGUCCCCUGGGGUCCUGGCUGGGCGGCCUUUCUUUGAUGCCAUCUUUGCCCAACUUAACUGCCAGGUCUCCUGGUAUCUCCCUGAGGGAUCAAAGCUGGUGCCUGUGGCCAAGGUGGCUGAGGUCCGAGGCCCUGCCCACUGCCUGCUGCUGGGGGAACGAGUGGCCCUUAACACACUGGCCCGCUGUAGUGGAGUGGCCAGUGCUGCUGCCUAUGCUGUGGAGGCUGCCAGGGGAACUGGCUGGACUGGCUGUGUGGCAGGCACGAGGAAGACCACACCAGGUUUCCGGCUGGUGGAGAAGUAUGGGCUUCUCGUGGGUGGGGCUGCUUCCCACCGCUACGACCUGGGAGGGCUGGUGAUGGUGAAGGACAACCACAUUGUGGCAGCCGGCAGUGUGGAAAAGGCGGUACGAGGUGCCCAGCGGGCAGCCAACUUCGCCCUGAAAGUGGAGGUCGAGUGCAGCAGUCUGCAGGAGGCUGUGGAGGCGGCUCAGGCAGGGGCGGACCUUGUCCUGCUGGACAACUUCAUGCCCGAGGAGCUGCACCCCACGGCCGCGGCGCUGAAGGCCCAGUUCCCGAGCGUGGGUGUGGAAGCCAGCGGGGGCAUCACGCUGGGCAACCUCCCUCAGUUCUGUGGGCCCCACAUCGACGUCAUCUCUUUGGGGAUGCUGACCCAGGCUGCCCAGGCCCUCGAUUUCUCCCUCAAGGUGUUUGCUGAAGGGGCCACCCCAGUGCCUCAUACCCGCCAGUCCUAAAGCUGAAGAGGAUGAUAUGGGACAUGGGAUACCAGGGUUUGCCUGGAGCCCUCAGGGAUAAACGUCUUUGAGUACAGUGGCCUGGGCUCCACUCCAGCUCUGCCCCUAUUGCUGGGUGACUGGGCAGAGCUUACUUCACCUCCGCCCACCUCAGUUUCCUAAUCUGUAAAAUGAGUCUAAUAAAAGGCUAACCUUAGGGGGGUUUUGAGGGAGAUAAUUAAAUGAGAUGGUUGGUGUAAAGUGUUUAACAUAGUGCUGGCAAAGAGUCAGCUCUCAGUAAAUGUUAGAAAUGACCCUAGUUCAUCUGUUUCAAGAUGCAUGUUUUUUUCUUCAUAUCUCCUCUGAAGCCAAGUGCGUCUUUCAAUCAUGUCGUCUCAGCUGGGCAGCUGUCGGCAUGCGGCGGCUACAGCCUAUGCGUACAGCUUAUAGUUUCUUUUUUAUGUCUGCAUGAGAGUGAAAUAUGGUAAACACCUAUGGUUGAAAUAAGCCCAAAAGAGCUCUUUCCACAAGUAUAUGAUAAAUAUAUGUAUGUGAUAAGAAAGCAUUGGUUAUAGUUUAAUUGGUAGGAUUCCUUUUCGGCGGUAACUUACGUGUAAUCUUAUAUUUGAAGAUAUGUGGCAUCAAGUCUAAAAUUCAGGUGGAACAUUCCACUUGGCUGAUGCCCAUACUGUUCUCGUUAGUUAGUGUUUUGCCUCUCAUCUCUGGCUACUGUUAUUAGGUCUUUGGUGGAGGUGAGGAUUUGUCCAUGUCUCACUUCCAGAGUCCCCAACAGGCUCUGCCAUGGUUCCCCCCAGGAGGGAGGAACCCCCUCCAUUCUGUGCUGAAGGCCUUUUAGUGACUGAUUCCAUGGGGGUAGCAUUAGUUGGAGGAGGAUCCUGGGUACAGAGCAGCUGGGGCCAGAGCAAAGGUCAUCCGAGAGAGUGAGGGAUAGGGUAGGUGGGGGUCCACGUUCAAACCUCAAACUUCCUUCCUCAGUAAGUCGGGACGCAAAGUCUGUCUGGUCAGUUGUGGCACAGCAGUGGAUUCAAGGCCAGCUCCCCAAAAACACAAACACACCUGAGGUCCCGCCCACCCCUGUAGCCUCUUCUACCCUCACCUCAAGCCUCCAGCUCACCUCUCUCUAACCUGUCUAGGGUGGCUCUGGAAGGAAUGGGACAAGAAAGUCCCUAGGGUGAAGAUGGCCCCCAAGGUGACACCUCCCAGAGAGGCUCCAGUCUGGAACUGCCUCUCCCCUCCCAGAACUGGUUUUUUCUCCACCUUUGCCUCCACAAGUGCUUCUUCCCCAAGGGGCCUCUGGGGAUCCCAGGCUGCCUUGAGGCAAGUGUCCCACCCUUUUCCCCUCCUCAACCCUGGAGACCAGUGAGGGGCCUGGGAAAGGGGUGGAUUUAAAAAACAAAACAGUGAGCUCCUUCUGAAGUGAAAGUCCCAGACAGACUGAGACCUUCAUUGUUAACAAGCAUGUGCUGAGCACUUGCCACAGCCAGGCUCGGAGCACCACAGGAUUCAUUUAGCAGAGAUGCUGGGCAGACCUGGACCCUACUUCUGGUUUUGCCCUGAACAAAGGGGCCAUUCCCAUGAGACACAGCCCAGAGGGGCCAUCUGGAGCUGCACCUGUCCUCCCUAAUCCCCCACUUCACCCUUGAUCCUGCCCUCCCUCCAGGGAAGACACAGACACACUCAGCCAGGCUGCCUUCCCUGCCACAAAGAAUUUAGGACUUCUGUCCCCAGCUCUUCAUAUCUGAAGGGGAGAGCUGAACCCCUGUAGAACUUGGCAGGGAAGUUAAGGCCCAGAGACAAGCUGGGAAUUGAAAGUCAAAACAUUUGGGAUCCAGGAGAGAAUUUGGGCCUAAUAGGAGCAGAAGGGAGAGUAUACCAUGGACUGCCAGAACGAACGAAUCUGUCUUGGAAGAAGUAUAGUCAGAAUGUUCCUUAGAAACAAGGAUGGCAAGACUUCAUCUCACAUACUUUGGACAUGUUAUCAGGAGGGACCAGUCCCUGGAGAAGGACAUGCUUGGUAGAGCAGAGAGCGUCAUCGAAAAGGAGGAAGAUCCUCAACAAGAUAGAUUGACACAGUGUUUGCAACUAUGGGAUCAAGCAUAACUACGUUUGUGAGGACAGUGCAGGACCAGGCGGUGUUUCAUUCUGUUGUACAUAGGGUCGCCAUGAGUUGGAACUGACUCGACGGCACCUAACAACAACAAAGGCAGAAGGGAGGGAAUGUGCCAGGAGUCACAAAUCCGCUAGCGUCCACGCAGAUAAGAUAAAUGGGUGAAGCUGGUAUAAGACAAAGAGGGGUGGGCUGUGGCCAAGUGGAGAAUGCAUGUCGCACCCACAGGCAUUCCAAUUAAAUACUAAAUUUUUAAAAGGCCUUCUGCCAGGCUUAAGUCUCAAGCUCACUACUGAACCCAGGGAUUGGUCAGUCCUACAGGAACAACAAGAUAUUUGAGCUGAGGUGGGGAUGCCAUCACCGGAGGAAGAGGGAAUGGAUUCUGGGCAGCAAAAGUAACACAUUCACCCCCUGGCAGGGGAAUGGAUUUCCUGGCAGAGGAGUCUACAGGGACAGAAGCCCAGAGGUGGGAAAUGGAUUGUUUGGUGUAAGAUUUGAAGCCAUGGCUGGGAGAGGCAAGGUGGCUUGGAAAUGGCCUGAGUCCAGACCACAAAAUGGUAGGUCAGAGGACUUGGACUCUAUCCCAAGAACAAUCAGAUUUAAGUUGGAAAGUGAGAUAAGCAUAUUUGCAGUUUAGAUUGAGAUCUUCUGCAGGUAGAUGCAUUUGAAGAGGCCAGAGUGGCUGCAGGGAAACCAGGGAAGAGGCUGAUGCAGCCACCGUGGCUUGAACGCUGUUGUCCGAGGAAACAGGCAUCUGCAAAGGCUCAGAGGGACAACUGAGCCUGUUGGUUCGGGGCAGUAGGAAGAGUUGAGCAUGGCUGUGAGGGUGGCAGACAGGAGGUGGAUGGAAGAAGAUAGAUCUCACGCCUCGCCUGGUGGCUCCCUGUUCAUCUGGUUUCAUCUCCUUCCCUGGCCAGCUUGGGACCAGGCCUGGAUUAUUUUCCCAGGCUGCCCUGUGUCCACCGUAAAGCCUAUACCCAUAAUGGCAAAUGUGCCCAUCAAAUUAGUCGCUAAAUGAAAACAAGGUGCUGCAAUCAGUAUAUAAUGUGUCAUCAUGACCAGCUGGUGGAAGGGAAAAGAAUAAGCACUGACGAGCACCGGUGUCCAGCAUGUGUAGACUCUCUCCCUCAGUUCAUGAUAGUGCCAACUCCGUAAAGGAUAGGUGUUAGCAUCUCUGUUUUACCCACUAGGAAACAGGCUUUGUAAAGAGAGCUGCCCAGGGUACACACCGAUGAAGUGGUAGAGCAAGGUUUGAAAUCUGUGUCUUUCAUUCAUUCAGCAGAUAUUGAAUGCCUACUAUGCGCCAGGCAGUAUUCUAGAUGUUGGAUAUACACCAAUGAAUAAACAGAAAAAUUCUCAUCUCCGUAGAGUUUAUAUUCUAGUGUAGGGAGUAGGGUGGUGAGGGGAGAGGAAGAGGCAGUGAAAAAAUAAGGAAAGCAUAUAGAAUAAAAAAAAAAAAAUCCCACAAGGCCACCAGAGGGCACUGCAUCCAUACCACCUUCCAUUCUCUGAUUCCAUCUCCCUGUCUGUGUUUCAAAGACCAUGGCCAAGAAGGCUAUGUAUAGUACAAAUAACAUCUGCUUGAGAAUGAAACCUGAGAAGAGAAAUGCAGGAGUUCUUUCUUCCAUCCACUCUUCCAACUUCAUCUCCUCUUCAGCUCCCUAUCCCCAGAUACCCAAGGUACCUCAGUGAAUUUUCAAGGUCCUGUGUACCCCAAAGUUCACCAAGGACUCACUCACAUCUAUAAUUCACUCACCAAGGCUUUCAGCUACCCAUUCACCCCCGCUUCCAUCUACCCUCCUGCUCACCCACUUGCCCUAUUCAACCACCCAUGCUUCCAUCUACCCAGCCUCUACCCACCCAACAACUGAUCUACCCCCACGCUUCUAUCCAUACUUACGUAUUUACAAACCCAGCCACCCGGAGAUCUAUGCUCAUGGUUCUUACAAUCUAGAAGGAAGACAGAUGAGUAACAACUAAUCACAAGAAAAUAUGGCAGAUGAAUGUGAUGAUACAGCACGUAUGGAAGACCAGAGCUGUGGGGCACUCGGUUAUGAAGGUUAAGGAAGGCAAGAGAUAAAAGCAGAUUGACACUGUUGUGUACCAAGGCCAAUGAAGAGAAAAAGUAUUUAAAAACGGUAAGAUAUUAUUAACAAACAAAACUCUGCCUGAAACCAAUUCAACUUUGAAUCUUUAAAAACUCCCACUAUCGUGUUAUGGUGUGGAGACAUAUUAAUUUAUAUCUAGGACUCCAAGACAAUAGAGUAGGUAAAAUUGCAUAAAAGUUUUAGCACCUCUGUACUUUGUUCCAAAGACAUCCUGAGUAAUAGAUCAUUCUGGCAGUUGCUCAGUAACAUUUAAGACCUGCUUUCUGAGGCCCUAAGUAGCUCAGCAUUG